AUGGACAUUCGGAACGAGAAGAAUAAUUUUUUCGACAUAAGGUUGGCAAAAAUUUCAGGUCUGUAUCAAAUGCUAGAUCCUGAAACAGUAAAAUAUCGUGGUCGAAACGUCUAUCACAUUCUCAUGGCAUGCGUUUUGGUGUACAUGUGUUUCAUCUCUAUGAUUUUGAUGUUCAGUGUCCCGUACUAUUGGACGGGCAAUAUACCUAUAAGUAUGGAUUAUUUUUGUAAAAUAGAACUAACAUUUUUCUUAAUCUACAAGAUGUGGUUCGUCAUCCGACACUCGAACGACAUAUGGAAUUGUUUGUCGAUCACGCGGUACGAUUUUACAUCGUUCGGCAACCGAAACAGACACAUACUGGAUCGUUGUCGAAAUCGUCUGGCGUGGUUCACGACCAUAUAUGCGACAGUGUAUUUCACGGGGACGAUCAGUUACUUGGCCAUCACCUUAGCGUUCAGUGGAGAUAAAUCACCAGUCAAAAGCCACGGCGGUUCAAUCGGCUAUUACCGCCAGAACGCCAUGAAUUUGUAUUUAAUCGUAUCUGACGAAACGUACAACGCACACUAUUAUACGUUUUACUUCGUCGAGGCAUUAUUCGGCACCUUUAUGGGACUAUUUUUCUUCAUAUUCGAUUUUCUUCUGGUUACACUGUGCUUUAGUAUGUGCUGUCAGAUUCAAAUCAUUUGCUCUGCGUUCGAAUCGGUCGGACACAUAUCACUUCGUGACCAUCAUUCCCCAAUUGAUUACACAGAUGGAAAUAUAAUUAUAUCACCUAAUGAACACGAGUUAAUAUAUUAUGAAAUAAUAACAAUCAUAAUGGAUCAUCAAUUAUUAAUGAAGAAAUAUGAAGAUUUUUUAACUCUAUUUCGACGAGUGAUGUUGUCACACAUUUUCGUAUCGUCAUUAUUGGUCAUCGUGCUUUGGUUUACUUUCAUAAUGAGUUUCUCCAACGAUAAUAGAUUUAUGACUUCGGAUGUUAUAGUAAAAAAAAUGUUUUGUGUAAUUCCACCAAUAUUGUUACAAAUAUAUAUGAUGUGUUAUUUAUUUGGCAACAUACACAAUCAAAAAGAUUCAAUAAUAUUUGCAUUAUACAGCAGUAAUUGGACCGACAUGGAUAUGAAAUGUAAAAAAUUGAUAUUAUUGAUGAUGAAAUUGAAUAAUGCCAAUCACAAAAAGUUAAAAUUUACUAGAACAAAAAUUGUAAACUUGGAAAUGUUUUUUAAAACAAUGGGUAAUUGCUACACAGUCAUUUCGGUUUUAGUAAAUUAUAUACUAAAACAGAACGAAUAG